AUGGCCCCCGCCAACUCCUCCCGCAACUUCUCCGCGCCAGAGGCUCGGAACAGCUCAGUAGCAGAGAAGCCAGCACCCUACACCAACGUGAUCAUGCCCAGUCUCUUCAGCAUCAUCUGUUUCCUGGGCAUCGUGGGGAACCUCAUUGUCAUUUACACUAUCGUCAAGAAGAAGAAGCUGAGAUGCAAACAGACCGUGCCUGAUAUUUUCAUCUUCAACCUCUCCAUUGUGGACCUCCUCUUCCUCUUGGGCAUGCCCUUCCUCAUCCACCAGCUCCUAGGCAAUGGCUCAUGGUACUUUGGAGCCCCCCUGUGCACCAUCAUCACUGCCCUGGACACAAACAGCCAGAUCACCAGCACCAACAUCCUUACUGUGAUGACACUGGACCGUUACCUGGCAACUGUCUACCCUCUAAAGUCUACCUAUGUGCGGACCCCAUGCGUGGCAGCUCUAGUUAUCUGCUUGGUGUGGCUCCUGUCCUUCCUGACCAUCAUUCCCGUGUGGAUGUAUGCAGGCCUUAUGCCUCUGGAGGAUGGCACCGUCCGCUGUGCUCUCUUGCUUCCCAACCCAGAGACUGAUAUCUACUGGUUCACCCUCUAUCAGUUCAUGCUGGCAUUUGCUGUGCCACUGACUGUGAUCUGUGUGGUCUAUUUCAAGAUUCUCCAGCACAUGGCCACCACUGUGGUCCCAUUGCCCCAGAGGAGCCUCCAGGUCCGUACAAAGAAAGUCACCCGCAUGGCAGUUGCCAUCUGCUCUGCCUUUUUUAUUUGCUGGGCUCCCUUCUACAUCCUCCAGCUGGUUCACCUUGGCAUCGACACACCAUCCAUGUCCUUCUUCUAUGCCUACAACUUUGCCAUUAGCUUGGGCUAUGCCAACAGUUGCCUCAACCCCUUCCUCUACAUUGCCCUCAGCGAGAACUUCAAGCGCCAGUUCCUAGUGGCCAUCCGCCCUGCCAAAGAGCCAGGCCGCAACAGCAGCUCCGUCAACAACAACAGCAUGACAGAGGCCAGCGUGUGUCUCAAACUGGCACCAGAAUCCACCCAGCAGACUCAGUUUCUGGAGGACUUUUCCCCACGUUCACUGCCUGUGACAGUGGCUGUUCACUAG